AUGGCGAGUCACACUUGCACACGGAUACGGACCACUUUUUUGCUGCACUUUGUCCUCUUUGCGAUCUGCUACUUGGCCACCCGCAGCACAGCAGCUCGGAGGUCCAGCGCCAGGAGAGCCGAUCGUCUGAGUCCUCCGUUGGACAUCCAAUUAGAGAGCGUCAAUUGCAGCGCCUUCAGCGUGCGAUGGAAGAUGCCGCGGAGACACGUGAGCACCAUCACCGGAUACAAGGUAUUCUACACUGAGGUGAAAAAUGGCCGUCUCCUGGGUACAACCUCCGUGAGGGAAGUCCCUCUUAGUUUGGACAUACUGACUACGGGCCAAUUUGAUGGACAAGCAAACUUUGAUGUGGACAUUGGAAACCUAAAGGUGAACACCAAGUACCGAGUGAGCGUGGGUGCUUACGGUUGGGCCGGCGAGGGUCGGCCCAGUAUGCCACGGGAUGUCAGCACAUCCUCUCAUGAUGCGUGCAUGCCGCCCUCACCCCCGACUGAGCCCGUCGUCGUGGCGAUUUCCGAUACGGAGUUGGCGUUGUCGUGGCAGCAAGGGGAGAGUGAGGGUAGCGCACCUGUCCUUCACUUCCUGGUUGCUUACAUCCGGCCGGAAAUGGACACAGAAUGGACUUACAUCCGUGAGCCUAUCGAGAGCAACUCCAUGGUUCUCAAGGGCCUCAUACCUGAGACCGAGUACCAGUUUGUCAUCAGAGCCGUGAACAUCCACGGCGCCAGCCCUCCGAGCCACGUCAACAACCCGGUGCGCACCCUGGGAUCAUCAGAUGUUGGCAGUGGUGAUUAUGGACGUUACUUUACCGAUACGCAGAGCAAAGACGACGAUGGUUUUGACAUGGAUGACUCCGACUAUGAUAUUUUUAUCGAAGAAUUAAAGCCGUUCCCCGGAAUCGGCCGAGACAGCGGCAAGUCACAGCUUCGCUCUCGCUCCAGUCCGUCCGGUCAGAACGUUGUUUACCGCAUGGACACCGUGGUGCCGCCCAAUGCCACCGUGCUACCCCCUGCCUCUUCCGCCAGCGAUCCAUCGGCCAUCUUCCCAGACUUUUCAGAUCUGAUUUUUCCCACCAGCUCGAGGCGCGAGAUCACAGCCACUACGACCACCAGCACAGCCCCGCCCAUCAACACAAGCCCCACUGCUGCAACCACACCCACCAUUGCUCUCACAAUGUCCCCAUGGAAGGGCAAGGUGCCUCGGGUCUACCACCUGACCUGCGACGACACAGUUUGUCCUCAGGACAGCUUCUGCCUCACAGACUCAGAGAGCGGAGGCUCGCGCUGCCACUGCAACCUCGGACGAGGCGGUGACACUUGCUCUCAAGAGGUGUCUGUCAAGUUCCCCAGGUUCUAUGGAUACUCGCAUAUGACCUUUGAACCGUUGAAGAACUCCUACCAGACCUUUCAAAUAUCACUGGAGUUCAAGGCGGACAGCGAGGAUGGCCUGCUGCUGUAUUGUGGUGAGAACGAGCAUGGGCGGGGAGACUUCACCUCUUUGGCCUUGGUACAAGGCAAGCUGCAUUACAGGUUCAACUGCGGAACAGGCGCAGCUCAGAUUGUCAGCGAGAGCCAAGUGGUCGUCGGUCAGUGGCACACGGUCACCGUCUUCAGGGACGGCACGAGCGGCUGGCUGCGAUUGGACAAUGACACGCCCAUAUCUGGUCGAUCCCCGGGCCAAUACUCCAAAAUCACGUUCCGCUCCCCGCUGUACGUGGGAGGAGCUCCGAGCACGUACGGGUUGGCAAAGGCGACGGGCGCCGUCGGCGGCUUUAAGGGAUGCGUCCAAAGUUUGAGCCUCAAUGGCAAGGCCGCCGAUGUCAGACCGUGGCCAGUUGGCCGGGCGCUGAGCGGUGCUGACGUAGGCGAGUGCAGCGACAGUGUGUGCGACGUAGUGGGCUGCGCUAACGGCGGCGUGUGCUUUGCCAACCGGGCCGACGGCUACAUCUGCCUCUGCCCACUCGGCUUCAGGGGAGCCCUGUGCCAAGACAGCUUCACGCUGUCGUCGCCGCUUUUCAACGAGACCAUGUUAUCUUACGCUGUGGUGGCAUGGCCUCAGCCCUCCCAGAGCUAUUUGUCCUUCAUGGAGUUCGAGAUGACCUUCAGCCCGUCGGCGCCCGAAGGCACGCUGCUGUACAGCGACGACGACGGCAGCGGCGACUUUCUGGCCAUCAACCUGCGGGACGGAUACGUGGAGUUCAGAUUCGACUGCGGCUCGGGAGGAGCUGUUUUAAGGAGUGAGGAGCAAAUCGCUAUGGACUCCUGGCAUGAAUUAAGGGUGUCCCGAACGGCAAAAAGUGGAAUCUUGCAAGUAGACAACCAGAAGGCAGUAGAAGGGUUUGCUGAGGGAGCGUUUACACAGAUCAAUUGCAGCUCAGCAAUUUACAUCGGUGGUGUACCUCAAUAUGACAAAACCAAGAGAACAGCGGGUGUCAGGAAACCCUUUACGGGGACCAUUCAAAAGCUUGUCCUCAACGAUCGGACCAUCCCCAUCACGAGCAGCUCGGCGAGCGGUGUGAACGUCGCCAAUUCGGAGCAUCCUUGCGUGCAAAGCCCUUGCGCCAACGGCGGCACCUGCAGGCCCAAACGGGACAGCUACGAGUGCGACUGCCCUCUCGGCUACGACGGCCGCCACUGCCAGAAAGAAUGUGGAAACUACUGCUUGAACACUGUGACAGAAGCUAUCGAGAUCCCGCAGUUCAUGGGUCGCAGCUACCUCACCUAUGACAACAGAGACAUUCUCAAGAGACUGUCAGGUUGGAGGAACAACGUGUUCAUGCGCUUUAAGAGUAAUGGCGGGGAUGGUCUGCUGCUGUGGCGAGGAGACACACCCAUGAGAGCCAACAGUGACUUCCUCUCCUUGGGCCUGCAGGGCGGAGCACUCAUCUUCAGUUACAACCUGGGCAGCGGUGUGGCAAACAUUGCGGUCAACGGAACUUUCACUGAUGGGAAGUGGCACAGAGUCAAAGCCGUCAGGGAUGGUCAGUCUGGCAAGUUGACCGUGGAUGACUACGGUGCCAAAACGGGUCGCUCGCCAGGCAAGAUGAGGCAACUCAACAUAAACGGACCGUUAUACAUUGGAGGCAUGAAGGAGAUCGCUUUGCACACCAACCGGCAGUACAUGGGGGGCCUGCUGGGCUGUGUGUCGCACUUCACGCUGUCCACCGAUUUCCACGUGGCGCUGGUGGAGGACGCCGCCGAUGGCAAGAACAUCAACACUUGCUCCAACUAG